AUGAGGAAAAACCUAAACCAAUCGAAGCAAGGAGUGAGCGUGCUGUAUUGUGCAUUUCUUCCCAAAUUUCUUCUGCGAGCUGUACCACGACACUUCCGCAAACUCGCGCUCCCGAGCCAGUGUCAAGAAGUCCUCUUCCAGAGACGCAUCGUCCGCCACCGACAGCGUCACAGACCUCUUCGUCAUGGGCUGUACGGAGAACGUCAGCUGGGAAACAGCUCCAAGAACUCCCAGCGAGAUCCUGGCGUCGUGGAACAGAUCACUCCCCUCCGCGACCGUGACAACUUUAGCAAAGCCUUCGUUCUUGGAGGCCGGAACGACGAUUCUCAUGGACACGAGGUACUCGUAAGUUCCUCCGCCGCGACCCCAAAGGCUGCUGCCAUGGGCCCCCGCGCUCACCAUGCCCGCCGGCGACACGCCGUCCCAGGCGAUGGUCUGGUGCAAAGUCACGCCUUGCAUCGCCAGGAGAUCGAUAAGCUCGCCAAGCAUGAUUCCAGGGGGUGUGGAGACCGUCAUAGAGCUCUUGUCGACAACGACGCUCGAGUUGGAGUUGAAGCUAGCGGUGCUGAUGACAACCCCCCCUGUGUCGGAUCCGGAGUUUGGACACGCGAAUUUGGUCAUGGCCACGGCGUCGAGGAGCUCGGCCUCGUUGGUCGGGAAGAACGCCUUGGUGAUCUUGCAAGGCCUGCGAUCUGGCCAUGGACCUCUGAGAUAGUUCUUGAGCUCGCAGCCACUCGCAUCGCAUUCUACUAGAGAUCUUACAAGAUGCAAGUUGAGAGAAAAGAGGAGGGCGAGGAGGACGAACUUCAUGAUCUCGAG